UACUACACCAAUAUUAAAUAUUUAUAAUUUAAAUCCUAACGAUUAUACUAAUAGAGUAUCCAAUCGGGACAUUAAAGGGAUUUUUAGAGGAUGUUGUGCGAAUGUUAAUGUAACAGAUGAUUAUUCUGAAGGUAUUAUACAUGUAAUAUUUAAUAGAUUAAAAGGAUUACCUGGUUGGAAUAUCGAAGAAGAAUCAUCAAGUAUAGAUGAAUACGCUAAUUUACUUGCAAGAGCAAAAUAUGGAUUGGCACCAUCUGGAUGGAUGUUCGACCCUAUUCCUAUAUGGGAAUAUUUUGCAUUUGGAGUGGUUCCUGUUGUAAUUGCUGAUGGGAUUGUUGAACCUUUUGAAGACGAUAUGGAUUGGGAUUCUAUGAUUGUUAGGAUUCGACGUAGUGAAGCACUUAUAAUUAAUGAAAUAUUGGAUGCAAUUCCAGAAGAUGAGUACCUAAAAAAACGGGAGAGAGUUUCGUUGAUUGGAAAGAAUAUGGUGAUUAAUUACGGUUAUACUUGGCAUUAUAUUGUUAGAAACUUUUGUAGAAUGUUAAAAAUCGUUAAGCACGAAGUUAUAGAUAUUGAAGGAUAUGAUUAUCAAUCUAUUUGA